AUGGACUACAGAUAUAGACUUAUUAACCAACGAGCUAUGGAACAAGACCAAGGGCGAAUCCGUCGUCAACUCUCUACCUCUUUGAGUCGAUACGCAGUCCCUACAUCCAACUUUCAAGAUCUUGAAAUGGCAGUCCUAAUGGAGAUGGAGAAGGAAAAAAUCAGAGAGGAGAUUAUCAUUUCCGAGAUUGCGAGAAAGAGGGUCCUUCAAGCUGAGGUGAGCAGGGAGGUCGGGAGGUGGUUCCCGGCUAUGGGUGGCCAUUUUCUGCUGAAUGAGUUGUUCCAGCCCGCGAGACUCUCACAUUUGGAAGAAAGAGUGAUGUUGAUGGCCGAGUCCAAGAAGGAAAGGCACGUGCGCUUGGGAUUUGAAAUGCCUCCUUUUCAUGGAAGGACGGGUGGUUUGAGAAUUCCAGAGGUUAAGCCUGUGUGCAGAGAUAGCAGUGAAGGAAAGAAACUCAUUCGUUUGGGCAAGGUCGAUGAGAAAAAAUCGGGAUCAAAGAGGAAGUCCGUGUCAUUUCCACCUCAAGUGUCAAGUGGCAAAAAGCCUAAAGAGGAUUGGAGUUGUUACAUUUGUAACAUCAACUGCACGGGGCAACGAUGUCUGGACGAUCACCUCGAAGGGAGAAAACACAAGGUGAAGGAGGCUGCAAAGAACGCUGGUAAAAACUUCUGCAUUGGUUUUCCCAAGAAAAGUAGAGCUGUGGAUGAAGAUUCAAAUCAUUCUGGUGCAAUUGUCCCACAAUUUCUGCCACCUGCCUCUGCUGAUGCUGGCUAUGAAGGGAAGAAUCGGCGGCCUUUGCUCAGAGUUUUAGGAAUGCGUCCUGGAGUGUGUGUGUACGGUUCAAGCAGUGACUGA